AUGCCUCCAUUCCAAUUUAGAGGAAACUCUAACUACCGUGGAUCACGCCCAAACCCGCGACAUGAGUUCACGUUCCGCGCACCGAAACCACCAACAGCUGAGCGGCCACUGUUGUCCACUAAGAGGGAAAGCACACCGGAGCAGUUGCAAGGGGAAACCAAAUCAGAACCAAAGUUUGCGUCGCUGUCGGCUUUGAGCGAUAGCGAGGAAGUCGACAUGGACACAUCUGACUCUGACGACGAGCAGCGUCCACGCAAGAAACGCGCACUAGGUUUUGAUGGGCCCGGCGACAGCGACGUUACGCGACCUGUUGCCCCCCUGCCUACUGCUCCUAAAUGGUCCAACCCCGAUCCUUACACGUCGCUACCCCCACCGGAUGAAAGCAAAACACCCAAGAUCGACUUCGUCAAGCUGAUCCGCAAAGCGCGACUUGACAACGCAGCCAAGUCCGAGAAGACCGACGCCGUUACCGAUAACCAAGACUUCAUCUCCCUCGGAAUGGCUAACGAGCCGGAGCCUCAGGAUAACGCGCCAGAGGGUGCCCCGAGGGGUCCCAAGGCUAUGGAAGGCCUCGACCCGUCCAUUGCUAGCCGCAAGCGAACCCGUGACGACGAGAUUAAAGGCUACUCGAGAAAGACGGGUAAGCCUGCCAGCCGGUUCAACUCCGAUGGUUCAGUUGUCGAUCAAUGGCGACCGCUACCAAACGAGACCGGCACGCCAUGGCUUGAGCAGCCCGAUCACCCCGAGUCACUCAACGUGGGCACUCAGCUACAUAACGAGAUUUUGAGUUUCUACCAUUGGGCCAAGCCGCUGGAGUUUGAGGACAUCGUACGAGCAGAUCUUAUCAACCGACUGGAGACUGCAUUCCGGCAGCGAUACAGCAACAUUUCAAUCCGUCCCUUUGGUUCCUAUGCUUCUGGUCUCUAUCUUCCAACUGCUGAUGUUGAUCUUGUUCUUCUCUCCAACACAUUCAUCCGCACAGGAGUUCGAACCUUCGGAGAGAAAAGGGGACAGAUCUAUGCAUUUUCCGCCUUCGUGAAGAACACCAACAUUGCAGUUCCUAACUCGAUCGAAUGCAUUGCCGGAGCUCGCGUGCCAAUCCUCAAGUUUGUCGACAAGCUCACUGGGCUCCGCGUAGAUUUGUCUUUCGACAAUGACAGCGGUUUGAUUGCCAAUGAGACAUUCAAGAAGUGGAAAGCCCAAUACCCUGCAAUGCCAAUUAUUCUGUCCGUCAUCAAGCAGUUCUUGCUGAUUCGUGGUCUCAAUGAAGUCCCGACCGGUGGACUGGGAGGUUUCUCCAUCACUUGCUUGGUAACAAGUCUUCUCCAGCACACGCCUCAGGGUCACUCACAGCCGAACCUGGGAAAUAUCCUCAUGGACUUUUUCAAUUUUUACGGAAAGCAGUACCGCUAUGAAACCCAAGGCAUUCGGAUGAACCCCCCGGGAUAUUUCAACAAGGUUUACUUUGGAAAUCCCGAUCGUCUCACUAUUGAGGACCCCAAUAACCAAGACAACGACAUCUCAGGUGGUACGAAGGAGAUUAACCUGAUCCUCAGAACCUUCUCAAGAGCCCACACUACCCUCCAAAAUCGCAUCGAACAACUCGCGUUUUAUGAAGAUCACAGAUCGAGCAUCCUGGGGCCUAUCAUUGCGGCUAACUUUGAUGAAUACAUUGAACAGCGCUUGCAACUCCAAAACGUAUUCAUGACGGAAGCGAGAUUCGCACGCUACAGGACACCACCCCCGCCGCCGCCAGGCCCCCAUCCUGAAGAUGGAGCUUCUCCUCCUCCACUGCCUCCCGGUCCGCCACCAGGUCCUUCCUCGUCUUCAGCCCAGCUUCGUCAGCCAGUCCAACCAACCCAGAAAACUAGCCAGAACGAAAAGCGAGAAAAAGCAAAGUCGGCGGGCACCCGAUCAGAGGCGGAAGAUAUCUCUUCCGAUGAGCCUUCCGGAGAGACAAAGUCAACCAAGUCCCGAAAGGGCGAAGUCAGGCGUGCGGUUUGCCAGGAGCGUGCUGCUCGGCUGAAGAGACUGAGGCCAGAACUGAAGAAGGUUCCAAACACGCUGAGCGCCCGACAGGCUCGCCGUUACGCAGGCUACGAGACCAACGAGGAGAUGGAGAAAGACCUCGAUGCUCGUGAGAAGGAACUCAAAGACCAAGUGGAGUCGGAGGAGGCAUGGAAGAUGGUGAUGGAUGACGCUUGA